AUGGAUGCUAGUGAUGUAAGAAAUUUUGAACCUAUUACUGCUAUCAAGAAACCGCAUUCUAUGAAUAGCUUGUACCUUGAUCCUAUUAAUGUCGAACCGAAUGUUGAUGCUUCUACAAAAAGUUAUGUUGUUCCAAAAGUUAUGGGAAAUGUUGAAACAUUUGAAAACACUAAUAAACCUAGAUUUGCUACGACUCUGAGUAAAUCUAGUAUGAUUGUUGCUGAAAGAGAUAAUGUUGAUAAAGAUAUUUGUGUGUUGAUUUCUCAAGUCUUGGAAAAAGAUGAUUCUAAUGGCAUGUCUGGUGAUUUGACGGACAAAGAAGAAAACUCUGGUGAGAAGAAGGAUCAAUCUAUAGACAUUGUGAAUAUAGAUGAUUUGGACUCUGAUGAUAAACUCAUUGAUAAGAAAUUGGCUCCAAGAAUAGCUAAGAGGUUAAAGAGAAUAAAGGGGAAAGUUGUUGAGUCCUCUAGCAAGCCCUCUAAAGCUCUCAAGAUAUGUACUAGUGUUAGUCCUACAAAAUGGUGGAGCAAGGUUGUUACUCCUGCCACUAAGAAGAGAUCCCUGAAGAGGAAGGAAAUCCCAUAUGGUUCUAUUGAUUUUGACUUUGAUGUCGAACUUGAUGUUCAAGAUAUCAUUUCUGCUACAAGAAAGCAAGCUUUCUGGGAAGAAGACAAGUGGAUAUUUGUUUACCAAAUAAGACUGACCUUGGAAAGGGAACUUGUCAAGGAUGCCUUUGAGUGCAAGGAAGUGAUGGGUUUGAUUCAAGAAGUUGGGUUGAUCAAAAGUGUGACUAGAUUUGGCAAGUGUUAUGAGAUGUUUGUUAAAGAAUUCUUUGUGAAUAUCUCUAAGGAGUGUGAUAACAAGAUGAGUAAGGAGUUUAGAAAGGUUUAUGUAAGAGGAAGAGAAAUUACUGCAAAGCAAUUAAAGGAGUGGCCUAGAAAAUGGAAGUUGUCAGCAGGUUGCUUGAGUGUGAAGUAUGCAGUACUUCAUAGAAUUGAAGCUGCUAAUUGGGUGCCAACUAAUUAUACUUCCAAAAUUGCUACAAGAUUGGUUUAUACUGAAAGGAAGAGCAGGCUUGAGAUCCUGAUAAAUGUUUUGUCUGAAGAAGAGGCUAAGGGAAAUAUAAAAGGUGAUAAUGCGAGUGAAGAAGAUGCUACUGAAGAAGGUGUUAACGUUAGUGAUGAUGAAGAGACAACCAUCAACGAUGAAGACUGA